AUGAGUUAUCGUAGCAAACGAACUAGGAUUGCAGCUCUAAAUGAGUCUCGUAAUGCAUCUGAAGUUCCUCCAAAAAAGGCUCAAAGGGCAGCAACAUCACAGUUAGCAUCACAGUCAGCACAUCCACACAAAAAUCAGCCCACUAUCCCAGUUCCCUCGCCCUCACUCAAAAACAAAAGGCCUGCAUCAUCACAGUCAGUCCAUCCACCAAAAAGUCAGCCCACUAUCCCAGUUCCCUUGCCCUCACUCCAAAACAUAAGGCCGGUAUCAUCACAGUCAGUCCAUCCACCAAAAAAUCACCCCACAAUUCCAGUGCCCUCGCCCUCACUCCAAAAUACAAGGGGAACUAACGACAGAUGGGGGCCAUUCAAUCCUCAAAUUACCACUAGCACUCAACGUGGGACUUCGUCUUCCACUACCACUAGCAACCUUAUUUGGAAAAAGCCACUCACUGUACCAACAACUAGUGAACCUAAGGUUGCAUCGAAAGGGCCAUCAAGGUACAACCCUACUCUAGACAAGACUUUUAAGUCACCUAAUAUCCCAACUGAAAAUCCCACAAAAGUCCCACAGUCUAGGCUGUCAGAACCACCCAAGCACCCUUCCACUGUUUCUCUAACUUCUCAGCUACCAUAUGAACUUGCUAAACAGUCCACAUAUUCAAAAUCUGUUGCUUUUGAUGCUAGUAUAUUAGAAGAAACACUUGAUACUCGUACUGGGAGUUCACCAACAACACCCGAGGAUGAAUAUGCAGACCAUAUAAGUGAUGGAAAAGCAACAGCAAAAUCCAAAGAAUCAUGUGAUGGAAAAGAAAAAGAGAUCUUUAAAGGAUCUAGGUCUCGAUGUCAUGAGUCGCUCCCUGAAUGGCUAAGUACAGUUGAGUAUGAUAACAAGGAGCAGGUUUUGACCAUAGAUGCUAAGGGUAAUCAGCAACUAGUUAGCGGGUCUAUUCAACCAAUGGACGUCUGGAACACCAAUGGAAGCAUCAAAUAUGUUGUGCACUUCAAUGAACUAUACCAACCGAUUAGGAAAGGUGGGCAUAUUUUAGUCAGAUUCCUUGGAAGCAUAGCAAAGCAAGAACAAUACUGCCCAGUUUCAGAAAAGACUUGGGGUCAACUGGACAACUAUUAUAAAGUUGAAAUCAUCAAAUUGAUUAGAGACAACUUUGUGAUUCCUGAUGAUACAAAGUAUGAGGACCUAGCUCUCCAACGUGUUGAUAGAGUGUGGAGGCAAUAUAAAUAUGAAAUUAAGAAAAAGUACUUCAAACCGAAUGAGAAAACAAUAGAAGCCAUUAAAAAGGAAGUGCCACCUGGAGUUUCCAAGCAAGACUGGGUGAACUUGGUCAACUAUUGGGAUUCAUCCAAAGGGAAAGUAAGUUUUUAAUAUACUGUUCUACACUUCUACGUAUUGUUUACUACUUCCAUUACAUCACUUAGUGCCCUCGCAUCAUGGUGUUUAGUAUUAUGGGGUUUCAAGCACAAAUAUAAGGCCCACUGGC